CCCGUCCGAAACAAGAAUAAAAGCAAAGAACAUUGGCCUAGUCGAAUCCCACACAGUUUCAAAAGAAGCUCAAAGCGUCAAGAUCGGGUCUAGGGUUUCCCUCUCUAGCUUCUGAAUUAACUUUAACUCUUCCAAUUUCGCAGAUUUCUUUCAUAAACCCAAUCCAAAGCAAAGCUCGCGAUUCUUUCGUCUCAUUCCGGGCGGGUAGUGACUCUUGUGUGGAAAGGGUGGUGGUGUGAAUCGUUGUUGUUGAGGGAUUGAAUUGGUGGCAGAGCUCAAAUGCCGGAGGAGGACCUGGUGGAGCUCAAGUUCCGAAUCUAUGAUGGAUCUGAUAUUGGUCCUUUCCGUUACUCACCAGCCUCGACCGUGGCAAUGGUCAAGGAGAGAAUUGUCACCGAGUGGCCAAAAGAUAAGAAAAUUGUGCCCAAGGGAGCAAAUGAUGUAAAACUGAUAAAUGCGGGGAAAGUAUUGGAAAACAGCAAGACUGUCGGCCAGUGUAGAGUACCUUUUGGAGAGCUUCCAAGAGGAGUUAUCACCAUGCAUGCUGUUGUACAACCAUGUCUAGCAAAAGCAAAAACAGAAAAGAAGGUUGAUGAGGCCCCGAGAAAAAGUAUUUGUUCAUGUUCCAUAUUGUAACUAGUACGAGAGUUCUUGUUCCAGCAUUAAGCUUGCGAGGCUGCCUUGGGGUUCUUGGGACCUCCUAGGCCAUGGAGCUGCUGGAAAGAGAGAAUAAUUUGUGAAACAUGAGUCCCAUCCCUCAUUGUUACAUGUUUAUUGGUGGGCGUACCUGUGUAACAAAGCAUGUCUGUGAUUAUGUAUUUGCAUUUUAUAAAAUGGGUGUUUGAUGUAUUUUGAUAGCUGUGGUCUUACCUAUUCUAUAAAUUAUGAAAGCCUUGAUUUGUUUCCAA